GCUUUCUGUUAUUUAGGGGAAAGCCUUUUAGAGCAGGAGAAGUGCGGGGAAGCCAUCCGUGCGCUCGAAGAGAGCGAAAAGUUUUACGACAUUUCUGUCAAACUAUGCAAAGAGUAUCGCAAACAGAAAGCACAGGCAAUGGGAGGCACCGGCGCUAAGAUCGAUGAACACCUCUUUUUUCGCAAAUUACAGCCAUUAGUGAAGCGCACGAAAGACAAGUGCGUCCGAGAAAAUGGAUUUAUUUUUCACGACACAGUACCCAAAGACUGUCCGGUACUGGAGCUGAAAGCCACACACGGUUUGGUGACACCCGAGGAGUUUGCGAUGCCUCCACUCCACGAGCUCUGGACCGCUGAGUCGUACGCGGCGUUUAAUUUGGCACAAAAUGUCACUUUUGUUGAUCCGCGCAAAAAGGCGGACAAAAAGGGAGAGUCUGGCGAUAAGCCCGAAGAGCCCAUACCUAUGGUUAACGAAAAGCCGAUUAAAUACAGCGAAACGGAUCCCAAGAACCAAAGCGGUUGUCAAAUACAAUAAAUAUAUUAUUGACAUGUAUUUUAUGUUCUGCACAAUUCCUAUGGCUAUUAUUUUUUACCCUAUUUUUUAAUUUCAUAACAAGUUUAUUAUAUAUUUAUUAAUUAUUAACUAAUUAUAUUGUAUUUAAAUACAGAGAUUUAUUAUUUAAC